AUGGAUCGUGCUAUCUGUCCUCAUAUUAAAAGGGAUGGUUCUGUUUGUGGGAACAAAUGUUGGUGCCUCACAGGUUGUUACAGACAUUGGAGAUUACAUGAGAAAAAUAUAGAGAAAUUUCCUUACGGUAUUUGUAGAAAACCUACUAUAUCAAUAACAGGAGUCGAAGUACUAUUUAUUCCUCAAUAG